AUGCACGCACUCUUGAACCAGUGCGACGAGGAUGUUCGUCUAGGACUAGGGAACGAAGCUCUUGGAUGGGUGAAGCAACUUCUUCGUGCGAAAAAGUGUUUUGCCGCUAUGGUGGAGGACGUAUCGGAGGAAUCAUUCGCUGAGUGUAAAUACGAUUUAUCAGCCCAGUGGGUCGGAGAAUGCUCUCGUGGGCUAAAAUAUGUGACAGUUUCUCUGCGAAGUCUCGGUAUUGGGCCUACACAAGCAGCUUUCUAUCCAAACAAGACAUAUUUCUUUACAUCGUUCUCUACUGGUACGACAAGUGGAAUCGGAGAUAAGAUGGGUGGUCUGUGUGAGAUGGGAGUGCGGCUCAUUGUGAGUUUCAUUUCGCUACACAUUCAAAACUGA